AUGAAGGACUUUUGCAUGCACAGCACAGCCCCAGCACCUCCCGCCCGGACCCCACACCGCCAGGUAUUGCAGGCUAUUGCCUCGACAGUCAGCGGCCUGCGUCAGCUUACCGGGAAAUUACGCGAGGCAGACCUCACUAUCCAGUCGCUGAUUCAGGAACUAAACUGUAUUCGAACAGCGCUCUCAAGUUUGAAAGAAUGGCUCCGUAUACACCGCAAUGGAAACAAUGGGAUCAAGUCAGACGAACUCGACCAUGACCUGGCCGUCGCCAUGGAUGGAUGCCGCGAGAUUAUGGAAAUCUUGUACUAUGAGGUGUUUGAACUGGUACAAUGUGUAGAAGAAUCCGGGGGGCUGGGCUUCAAGACCCGAAUUAAGGUCGUUUGGAACGACGAAUCGAUGAGAGGGCACCAAGAGAAGCUACGGGCUCAAGUACAAGCAUUGCAGCUUUUGCUUCAAGUCUGCCAAUGUCAUUCUUCGACAGAACAAGUUCGCUUGCUGAGGAGAGCGACCACCCGACAGAUCAUUGGUCGAGUUGCUGAUGAUACCGCGACCCUCAGAUCUGGUCGUAUGAGUCGUAUGGGAUCUAUAAGCCGCGUAGGAUCCGAUCUGGACAACGUUUCCGAGAGCAGCAGCCGGCCGGCUAUCAGCCACCGCAGUUUUGACUUCGAUGCAUCCGUCAUGAAUUCACCCGUCUACUUACGUGCAGUACAGCAGUGGACAAGUUCACAUCUUCCGCUCCCAUCACCGAGAGAAGAUUUCCCAAAGGAACCAAGCAUAAGCGCCGCUCAAAGCCGCAGAAGCGAUACUGACGAGGGCUAUGAUAGCUUUGCCUCUGGAUCCAUCCAUCAAGGACACUUUGACAUGUCCCAAUCUCAGGGGGACCUUCUUGCUCUACCUGACAGUCCAUCGGGGCCAAUCCACAGCAGAAGCGUUUCGCACACGCAAGCUCUCCAGCGACCACCUGCAAACACCAUGCGAAGAAACCUUUCAGAGUCUCAAGUAUCUUUUCGUUCCAACCAACAGUCACCGUUCAGAAGAGGCCGGUUUUCUAGUUUGGUGGAACGUAUCAAUACCGGUAGCCGGAGAAGCUUGGGAGGAUCGUCCAAAAAGUCAACGAAUUUGGCACCUAGUUCUACAGUCAGAGAAAGAGGGCAUAUAUUACGCUCAAAUUUUCACACCAGUAUCGACCUUUCGAAAGACGGAGCGUCCGUGUCGCCAUUAAUUAAAGCUGCCCAAGGGGGCACGCGAACCGAAGUCGAAAGACUACUCGAACACGGCUAUGACAUUGAAGAACGUCAUAAUGCCUCGGGCCGGAACGCGCUUCUUGUUGCUGCCCACUGUGGAAAAGAGGACAUCGUUGACCUAUUAAUUCAAUGCGGCGCCCGGUUGAAGGUGACCGACGGAUCUGGCGAAACAGCUCUCCAUCUCGCAGCAUCGCGGGGCCACUGGGAAGUGAUAAAAUUACUCGUUACCGAGAAGAGCCUGAUUGAAAUCCAGAAUUUCAAAGGGAGGACCGCAUUACGAGUGGCUGCAGAUCAUGGCCAGCCAGAAGCUGUUCAGGUCCUUCUUGAGAAUAAUGCUCUUGUUAACGCACGAGCGGAAAAUCAGAUGACAGCUCUCCAUGCCGCUGCAAAACGAGGGGACCAUGAAAUCGUACAGUUACUCAUAUCACAUGGUGCCGAUAUUGAAGCGAAGGAUGGAUCGAUGAUGACAGCAUUACAUUACGCUUGCGAAGAGGGGAAUAUGGAAGUCGUGAGAACACUCUUGGACUCUCGAGCGAACCUCGAAGCUCCAGGUCGAGAUCGCAAGAAUCCUCUGAUAUGCGCUGCACAAAUGGGGAGAACUCAGGUCGUGGAGUACCUGGUCAAACGGAAAGCAUCUACAAAAAGCGCUGAUGAUAGUGGGAUGUCUGCGCUCCACUGGGCUUCUUAUAAUGGCCACGAAGACACCGUCCGACUCCUAAGCGAGAGGAAAGGAGCUCUCGAGACUGUGAACAAUAUGGGACGCACGGCCUUGCACCUGGCGGUCAUGCAAUCACAGUUUGCUGUUGUUGAAUUACUGCAACGAAAGGGGGUACAAUUGGAGACUCGCUGCCACACAGGACUGACAGCACUUCACUAUGCUUGCAUGGCGAAUAGCUUUGAGAUUACCCGCCUUCUUCUUUUGUCGGGAGCGGACAUCGAAGCCUCGGAAUCUGAGCACCAGCAAAGGCCGUUGCAUAUAGCUGCGGGCAGCGGAUCAACGUAUAUUCUGGAUCUUUUGUGUGAUAAGGGCGCCUCCCUUCAUGCUAGGAAUGGCAUCGGGGACAGACCGUUGUGUGUGGCUACCCGCUUUGGCCACGCUGAAGUUGUGCAAAAGUUACUUGACCGGGGAUCUCCAAUCUCGGAAAAGUUUGAACUUGGCUUUCGGGAGGACUCACCUUUGUGUCUUGCUGCAAUGAAGGGUCACUUGAACGUUGCUGCAUUAUUAAUCGAGCGUGGUGCAAACGUUCUCAAGGAAGACGAGUUGGGCUGGCAACCAAUUCGAUAUGCUGCAUACUACGGUCAUCCGGAGGUGCUGGAGUUGCUUCUGUCCAAUGAUAAGAUUCCGCCUACUACUUUACAAGAUAUGAAGCGAUUGCCAGAAACCAUUGGCUUUUCAGCCCAGGUACCCGAGUCGACCAAACGCCAAGUGCAGGCCAUUUUUCUACAAACCUGUACACGCCCUAUGUCUUUUGGUCAGACGAAUUUGAGAACGAUACCAAACACAAUCGCACCAGCAUGGAAUAUGCGUGAUUCACUCCAAGUGAUGCAACAGCAGGCUCCAGCAGAAUUCAGUCGUCAACAUACCUUUGAAGCAGGUGAAUAUUUCCUGCCCGAGCUGCCGGGCAGCUUGGAAAUGGAACACCAUAGCGACGUGGAAACUGCCGCUGUCAGCAAAAUUACAACCUCCGAGUCAGACCCACCUAUUCAGCAACCUCGACCUAUCUCUGGUGACCGAAUUGCAGCAAUAUUGAAUGAGCCGCGUGGCGUAUCACCACCGAUCAUAGCUCAACCGCGACGGAAAACCAGAACGAGAAACAGAAGCCGCUCCCAUUCAAGGGAGGUGCCCCUAGUGUCUGCAACGUAUACACCGAUCGCUAUUCCGUAUCAUACCAAAAGUGUGAUAAUGAAUAGUCCGGAAGGUCUUCCAAAGCCAGUACAAAGCAAUCCCACAGCAGCAGAACAGACUCCGCGAACACUCCCUUUGCAGGAAUACUCCAGCACCGAGGCCGGCCCUCGUGUUUCUGAAGAGGAACAUAGCGAAAGAGACUCGGACUCCGACUCCAUUUCUUCGGUUUACACUGCACCCGAUGGUGAAGUACGUUCUGAUGUCGCUACGGGGGAGUAUCUGUGA